AUGCCAUAUUCUACAUACAGUAGUCUCUGGUUUCGAUUGUUGAAAUUAUGCAUAUUCCGUUACUAUCCUGUCAAUCAACAACACUUAGAAGACCCAUCCAGGACCUCCGGCGCCUGUGAGGUAUCCAAACGACAAAAGCACGACGCCUUAAUCGGCACAUCCGCAACCGCAACGGGGGAUCUGGACGGCGCGAUCUCGAAUAAAGCGCUGCAUGUGUCCGCUGCGCAGCGCGUUCCGGAGUCUAGACGGGACUAUCCGAGUCGGAUUGUUGAUAUCCUUAAGGUCGCAACUGCUAUGUUAGGCGGGGAGAUCGAGUACCGCCGCGGGAAGUUCGACGCCGCGUUUGAGUCCCUGCGGCUGGCGAUUCAGUUUGAUGAUGCGCUUAUGUACCUAUAUAAGCUCUGGGGGUGGAUGGUCCCGACAAGACAUGCGUUUGCGGCGUUGUCGCUGGAGCAGGCAUAUGCAGAGGACUUGGGGCUUGACCAGCCCAUCACGCGCGCGCAUCAGCAUCCAGGUUCGAUGUGGGGGCCGCAUGGGUAUCAUGAGUGGUUGGUGAAGCUGGGAAGAAAGACGGAGGCGGCAAUUGUCAAGCAGCAAUUGGAUAUUGCGCUGGCUGUUGCGGACGUGGAGAUCCGCCCGGGCGUCUUAGAUACGAGGCCUGGGCGUUGUAAAUAG